UUAAAUAUCAUGUGAUAUUUUAUAACAAAUAAGAUCUACAACUUCAGUAGUUUAACUUAGACACAUUUUCCACCUAGUAAGAGCGCAACGUGUUAAUCAAAACAUCGCGUGAUAAUUCAUAACAGAUAUACUCAAGCAUUUUAAAAAACACACACUUUUUGCACUCAAUGCAGCGCAAUGUCGUCUCUUCUGUGGCGUGUUUUCCUCCUAAGUCUCAAGCCGUUGCUGGUGUCCGCAGUUUGUGGGUACAUCGUCUAUAUGAAUGUUGGUGAAGAUAAUACCAAGGUGGUCAACAAUAUACUGAAAACUGAAUCAAACUUACGUGUUCACUGUGCUGUGCUGUGCUACAGAAACUCGGCGUGUGUGGCUUUUUCUUACAAUCUGGAUGAGCACCAGUGCAUGACUCAUAGUGGAGGACCACCAGCUCUGAAUUACACCGCAGCGCCAGGAUGGAUGGUGUACAGUUCAAACGACAGGGAUGUGGUAGUUGAACACUGGGUGUCUCGUGUGCUUGGAUUCAGUUCCCAAUAUUCUUUUGACACACCAAACUGGGCAGGUUUUCAGGUGCUUGGUGCACCAGAUAUAUACCCUAACUACGGGGAUCUGGAACAGGCGUGGACACCUAUUGUCAUUAACGCCAAUCAGUGGAUUCAGGUGGAGAUACCGGAGAGUGUGUACGUCAUGGAGGUGCGUGUCUACGAAACAUGGAACGGCGGCGCUCUGAAGGCAAUAUCAGUCCGCGCGCCUAAUAGCACGUGGGUUCAAGUCUGGCAGACGACACAACUGGUCAAAGUUUCAGAGAGCAGAAUAUUCUCACCUACUUUCAAUAUGACGUCAUUUCUCAGCAACACAAUUCGACUGGACCUCGACUUAACAUUUUUUAAUGUCUCUGUUGGGAUUGAUGCCAUCAAGGUGGUCGGGAAAAAGAACAGCGGCUAGAGGAAAGACUUGAUUAAGUCAUCAAUUUAUUUUAUGCUAAUAAUUAUGUGUACUUGUUUGUUUCUGUGCUGUAAUUAUUUCUUUGUAUGUAUAUCUGUAUAUCUGU